AUGUGGCUGGUGGAGACUUUCCCUCAGGAGCUGUGGGCAGAUCUUUUCCACCACUGGGUGGACGGCUCUCCUCCUCUCUUCCCCCAUCGCUAUCCCUGGCCGCUGCUGGCCACUGCUCUCAUACUGGAGGACCCCCACAUCUCUUGCCCUCCUGGUACCUUCAAAUCCAGCCAGGGGGCAGGACUGUGCCUGCAGUGUCCCCCCAACAGCCGGUCGUCUGUGGAGGCUGCCACCAUCUGUGCCUGCCGCAACGGCUACUACCGCAGUGACACGGAUCCUCCGCAAGUCUCCUGCACCAGUCUUCCCUCUGGUCCUCGGAACGUCAUCUCCGUUGUGAAUGAGACCUCGGUGGUCCUGGAGUGGAACCCGCCGCGAGAGACGGGGGCCCGUGACGACGUGGUCUACAACGUGCUGUGCCGCAAGUGCCGCUCAGACCGGCGGGCGUGCUCGCCAUGCGACGACAAUGUGGAGUUCGUACCCCGGCAGCUGGGCCUCAGUGACACGCGCGUGUUCAUCAGCAACCUGUGGGCACACACGCCCUACAUGUUUGAGAUCCAAGCUGUCAACGGCGUGACCAGCAAGAGCCCUUACCCUGUCCAGCACGUCACCGUCAACAUUACCACCAACCAAGCCGCCCCAUCCAUGAUUCCCAUCAUGCACCAGGUCAGCUCCACCAUGACCAGCAUCACGAUCUCGUGGCCACAGCCUGAGCAGCCCAAUGGCAUCAUCCUGGAUUACGAGCUGCAGUAUGCGGAGAAGGACCACCCAGAGUCAAACUCGUCGGUGGUGCGGAGUCAGACCAACACGGUGCGGCUGGAGGGCCUGCGGGCCGGCACCAUGUACGAGGUGCAGGUCCGCGCACGCACCGUCGCCGGCUUUGGCAAGUUCAGCGGCAAGAUGUGCUUCCAGACCCUGACUGACGACGAGUACAAGUCGGAGUUGCGGGAGCAGCUGCCCCUGAUCGCGGGCUCAGCGGCGGCCGGCGUGGUGCUGGUCGUGUCCCUGGUGGCCAUCUCCAUUGUCUGCAGCAGGAAGAGGGCCUUCAUUAAGGAGACCAUAUACAGUGACAAGUUGCAGCACUACAGCACAGGGAGAGAGCUCUCCCUGAGGCCCGACCUGACCAACUGCCACACCCCUGCCGGCUGCCCCUCCCACUUCCCGGGCUCCCCGGGGAUGAAGAUCUAUAUCGACCCGUUCACCUACGAGGACCCGAAUGAGGCUGUACGCGAGUUCGCCAAGGAGAUCGACGUCUCCUGUGUGAAGAUCGAGGAGGUCAUCGGCGCAGGGGAGUUCGGCGAGGUUUACAAAGGCCGGUUGAAGCCAGUGGGCAAGCGGGAGCUGUCAGUGGCCAUCAAGACGCUGAAGGCGGGCUACUCGGAGAAGCAGAGGCGGGACUUCCUGAGCGAGGCCAGCAUCAUGGGACAGUUCGACCACCCCAACAUCAUCCGAUUGGAGGGAGUGGUCACCAAGAGCCGGCCGGUCAUGAUCAUCACGGAGUUCAUGGAGAAUGGCGCUCUGGACUCCUUCCUUAGGCAGAAUGACGGGAAGUUCACGGUGAUCCAGUUGGUGGGCAUGCUGCGUGGAAUGGCGGCUGGGAUGAAGUACCUCUCCGAGAUGAACUAUGUGCACCGGGACCUGGCUGCCAGGAACAUCCUGGUUAACAGCAACCUGGUGUGCAAGGUGUCCGACUUUGGGCUGUCCCGCUACCUGCAGGAUGACACAUCUGACCCCACCUACACCAGCUCCCUGGGCGGGAAGAUCCCAGUGCGAUGGACGGCCCCAGAGGCCAUCGCUUACAGGAAGUUCACCUCGGCGAGUGAUGUGUGGAGCUACGGCAUUGUCAUGUGGGAAGUGAUGUCGUUUGGCGAGCGGCCCUACUGGGACAUGAGCAACCAGGACGUGAUUAACGCCAUCGAGCAAGACUAUCGGCUGCCCCCCCCAAUGGACUGCCCUUCCUCCCUGCACCAGCUCAUGCUCGACUGCUGGCAGAAGGACCGCAACGCCCGGCCCAAGUUCACGGAUAUCGUCAACACGCUAGACAAGAUGAUCCGCAACCCAGCCAGCCUGAAGGCCGUGGCCAGCAUCACUGCAGUGUCUUCCCAGCCCCUGCUGGAUCGCUCUGUGCCUGACUUCACUACCAUUAGCUCGGUGGAGGACUGGCUGCUGGCCAUCAAGAUGAACCAAUACAGGGACAACUUCCUGAGCUCCGGCUUCACCUCCCUGCCUCUGGUGGCCCAGAUGACCUCUGAGGACCUUCUGAGGAUCGGCGUCACCCUGGCAGGCCACCAGAAGAAGAUCCUGAGCAGCGUGCAGUCCAUCCAGUCUCAGAUGGCCCAGUCACCAACGUCCAUGGCAUGACUGCAGGGGGCGUCAUAGGCGGUUAUCCGCCCAGCGGAGUACGCUUGGUUGGAGACGGUCACCAUGAUCUGAUGUCAUGCAGUGCGAACCUGGCCACUUUCUCCGGCUUCCAUUGGACUAUUGACAUUGGAUAGUGCAUUUGGAAUGAUGAGGGUUACUACAGGAAAUCAAAAAAAAGCUAAACAAAAAGAAAAAAAACAAAUCCACUUCCUCUUGGAAAAUCGGCUGUGGUAUAAUACACAGGGAUUGUCUCUUAGGUGUCUCAUUCACCUGAGGAGCCCAGAGCUCAAACAGGAAAUAGAAAAAAAAACACUUCCUGCCACCAUGUCACAAUUCCCACUAUCUUUUUUCUGACCAUCAUUUCGGAGAUCUCUUUCUCACACCGCUUUUUCUACUGAAACAUCUCACACUUUCUACUGAAGGUGAUUUCAAACUCACUUACAGAGGAAACACAGAUAUACAUAAAUCGAUGUAAUAUAAUUCCGAUAAAUCUUCAUAUUGAAGGUGAUGUGUAAUUAAAUUAUGUAUAUAUACUUUCUCCGCUUGCAUUUUUGGCAACUUCCAGUAGGCAAAUGGGACUGUAGUGUGCCAGGGACACGCUGGCGUCAUUCUCCAUGUUUCCCACUCGCCGUUGAGGGCAAGGACCACGGAGCAAGAUGGCAGACGGAGUCCGGACUUGUUCUGUACAGAUGACCCAUUGUAUAUUUUACAAAAUAAUAAAAACUGUACAGCUUUUUGGAGGACCAGCCAGCUCUCGAGGUUGGCAUGAGUGUGACCAUCAUCACAUACCUUAUUAGUGGCCACUGGGCUCAGAACUAAAUUCUUCUUUUCUAUCAUUUAAUUGAAUUUCUUUUCCAAUUUGUGUUGGAACCCUUGGGGAUGUAAUUUUCCGACGGUCUGUCCCAGCACUGUGGAUCAAACUCUCAGAGAAUUGUGGGAAACGGCAGCACUCUCACUGUUCAGCCCGGACUACAGACAGUGCUGCAGGACUGAACAUACUCCAAAUGACUAUUACUGUCUCAUGAGGCUAACUUUGAUUCCCCCGCCACCUUGACCACUCCCACCUGGGACCGGCACAGCAGUGCGUGCGUCAGCAUGAGGAUGGGAACCCCCACUGCAUUGUACAUAGCGAGCGACGGGACCGGACACUUCUUCUGUGCUUGCGUGUGUGUGCGUGUGUGUGCGCGUGUGACUGUUGUUGUAAAAUUCAGAUUUGUUUAUUGUGAUGAGUAUGUCAGUUUGUAAUUGUAACUUUCUGAGAAACACUGUACUAAAUUGCACUCAAUAAAGAUGAUUGAUCGGA